AUGGGUGAGGUGCUGGUGAACAAGCUCAACGAGCUUAAGGCUCUACCUGAAGACGUCCACCUCUUCUGCCCCCGCACUGGUUCCGAUCCAAAUGGCGUCUAUCUGGAAGAGGAUCUCGUCGGCCAUCUGGAUGGCGAAACUGAGGCGGAACGGCAGCACCGGGAUAAGAAGCUAGCAGAGGCAGAGGCUAGGAAGAACCUCGUCCUGGAAUGUCUCCCCAUCUUCGCCUUCGAUGGUGCCGAUGCGGCAGGAUAUCAGAACUGGCUGAGAGAGAAGCUGAACCACGCCAUGACGUCGUGCGAUGUGUGCAUCAGAUUAUAUCACAGGUCAAGGAACGAGCUGAGGCAUAAGCUCGAGGAGGACUACGACUCGGAAGAAGUCGGCUCGUUCAUGGAAGUCUUCGACGACAUGAACCUUGAGCGGAUAACUGCCGGUCUUGAUCAUGCGGCUGAGCUUCUCCGGGACCUACCGGAGGAGUCGCGCGGCAUCAAGGCUCUAGACGAACAAGGCAUGUAUGCGCUUUUUGAGUCUCUCAGCUGCGAGGCGCUCCUCAAGAAGGAGGAAAAGCUGGCGAAACACUUUGAUGAGCCUUUUACCCUCGUCCAGACCAACAGAAGGCUACGGCUCGGUCAAUAUACUGCGGCCAUGACGAGGUUCCUUUUCAGCUACAACAAAGAACGCUUUGUCUGGGCCUUGGGUUCGUGGACGAAGUUCAAGCGCGGCAUCACCAAGACGGAAUUUGCCGCUUCAGUUCGUGACCCGCUCUUUGACGCAAUGAAAAGGGUACAAAUUAUAUGCAUGGAUGUCGAAUUUCUGCCGACAUUUUGGAUGGGUGUUCGGCAGAUCAUGGACAAGCUUGACAAGGACCUCAUCACCCAUUCCCUUCGAGCCAUCGAGAUCGACGUAUGCAAGCUUGCCCUCGAGCACCUGCAAUUCAAAUUCUCGGGGUUCAAUGACUUGAUGGCGACCAUUCAACAGCUCCUCGAAAAAUCGGCUGUUGAUUUCUGGGAUGCCAUGGGCCCCAUCUCGCCGGUAACCGUCAUUGAGCAGAUCAUGGGGAACCAGACCCUGGAAUCAAUUCUACUCAAAGUGGAAAGGGGAGACGGGUCCCUGGACGAGGUCUUUGGCUGGGUCCAGCCUUUCUUCGACUCUAUCAAACCAUCAAAUCAGACGCCGGCAUGCCGCGCACUUGUUCAUCAACUUUUGGACCGUUUCCAGAACGACAAGUACUCACGCCCCUCGCGAGCUUACUGUUAUGAACUUGGCCUGCGAACUCUUUUGCAGUCUUUGCAAAAGAUGAACGAUAUCAACGCCCGCUCAAACUUUGUUGGAUACGCGACCGUUUCGGACAUGCUCGAUUUUGUCAAUGUGCACAUCGAGGACAUUCUGGCUACCAUUAGGGUCAACAGGAGCCUCAAUCAAGACAUGCACAUUGUCGAGCUCGGUCUACAGGUGGUGCAUUACACUCUCCAGCUUGACUGUCUUUCCCUUGAUGUGGACCGGGGGACUCUGCUUAAGGGCGCCCAUCUGCAUCACGACAUGAAGACUGGCGUAGCACCUGUCUGGGACACAAUCAUCAAGUCUAUUCACCCGGGUGACAUUGAUCUCGCUACAAAGGUGCUGAUGGGUGGUGGUCUUCUUGUCGGCAUGGAGAAGUUUGUUGUUCGGACGGGCGUGCAAAUGUCACCGAGCAUGAUCUGGUGGAACAAGACUUUUGACAACCUGUCGGAGGCUGUGACCGAAGUCCUCGAGAAGCUGUCCACCUUUGCUCCCAGCGACCUUGACAGGCUUUUUGACUCGAGAGACUCGGCGCAGGCCGUCAUAAUUCACCUUUUCUCCUCAGAUCAGCCACCACGUCAGGCAGCCAUUGACGUCGUUAAAACGGUCAGCGCGGAAAGCAGUCGCCGAGACGCUCUUGCCCACAUCACAAAAGCCUUUUACUUGAACACACUCCAGCCCAUCGUACAGACUCUACGACGCGUGUAUAGAAAGCAGGUGUUUGCACCAACGCAGAACAUGCUGAAGGUAUGCACCGACAUUGUGCAGGUCCUUUGCAACCCUCAGGACGGCAUCCUGAGAUCACGAACCCUGACCUCGGAAGAGGCGGACGUGACCGAGCAGCUAUGGGCAGAGCUGUGGCAAGCUCUUGCUGUCAUUUUCAAGAAGACGGAAGACUGGAGCAACGUUGGCCACGACAAAAACGAAAUGAUGAACUUUUGCCGCGACACCAUGCAAUUUGCGGACGAACUGUACGAUGAGUACAGUCAUUUCGCGAAUGCGUUGGGCCAAGCACAAGGGCAGAAUACGCAGGAUGGCGCGCUUUCCAAAGCAGACAUCGCCAAGAAGCUCCUAAACCGACCGAACGACACAAUGGAAGGCAUAACCGGAUGGCUGCGCCUGCGUGAUGAAUACCUCAUCGACAAAUCGGUGGCUCUCACCAGCAAACUUCUCGUCCGAUUGAGAGCCGCAGACAUCGACAUUGCUAAUGAGACUCGCUUAUUCAUUGGCGAUGUUCUGAAGGGAGGCAUCAAGACCAAAAUGUCCUCCAAUCAGUCGGCUGAGCUUGAAAGGGCUCUCGAGAAGCAUCUCGGGUAUUCCAUCAGAAAAGAGGAGAAGAUUGCAAAGAAGAUCAAGCAAGGCUCAAUUAGCGCGUGGGCGACAAGCGGUACUGGGGUGUCUUCUCCAGCCAGUUCAGGUGCCGACGAGCCUGAUAGCAUCAAGAGGGUCGUUACCGAUAUCACGCCCGGCGCUGCAGCAUGGAAGGAACGGCAAAAGGCUGUCCAACAACAGGCUGUCCAGAUGAAGAAGGCGGCUGCUGCACAGGACCGGAGCGAUUACUUGAAAAAACGCGAGCGCGAGAAGCAGGAAGCGCAGAAGAGACGGCAAGCUGAAAUCCAAAAAGCCAAAAGCAAAUCCCUUCCUUUUAUUGGCCAGACAGCAGAAGCCGGAUCGGGUACUCGCGGCAUUGGUGUUGCCGGCAAGGACCAUAGCGCGAAGGGCGAAGGUGUCAUGGUCUCCUCUGAUGAGAGUUCCGACGAUGAUGAUGACGAUGAGAUUGACGAGGAGCUUUUCGGUCCGUCAGCCAAGGAGAAGAAGGCCCCGAAGGCGAAACUCCCCCUUCUUCCGCAGGGACCGGUUAAGAAAAAGAGGGUUCAACGGUCGUUCAAGGAUAUGCGUGCUCGAUUGGCACCAGAUUUGUCAAACUUGCACAAGACUAUCUUGAGCUGGGAUUACUUCCACGAGGGCGACUUCCCGCCAAACUCUCGGACUGACAUUUACACCAAAGUUCCUAACAAGUUCAACACGCCUUACGACUAUAAAAAUACGUUCCAACCACUUCUUACAUUGGAAGCGUGGCAAGGUUUUGUCAAGGCUCGUGAGGAGGGAAGCUUCAAAGCGUUCGAGCUCAAGGUCGUCACCCGUUCUACUGUGGAUCAAUUCAUCGAGCUGUCUACGAACAUGUCUCAUGCCGACAACAAGGAGACCAUGAUUUCCGAAGGAGACAUUUGCCUUCUAUCCAAAGCCCCGCGACCGACUAGUACACCUGAUGCACCGAACUGCUUGGCUAGGGUUUAUCGUAUCACGCGCAAGAAAGCCCAUCUGGAAAUCCUAUACCGUCUUUCGAAUAACUCGCCUCUGGGUCAGUCACUUGCUGCAAAUAGUAUGGUAUACGGAGCCAAAAUCCAGUCCAUCACGCCUCUUGAGCGUGAGUACGGCGCACUGGUGGGUCUGCAGUACUAUGACCUUUGCGAUGAAAUUUGCAAGGCCAAGCCAUCACCGCUCUUGAACUACUCGGACAAGCAGCUUGAGCAAUACAAGGAGACGUAUAGCCUGAACAGGGCUCAGGCGAAGGCGGUCAGAUCGGCAAUCGACAAUGACGCCUUCACGCUCAUUCAAGGUCCUCCAGGUUCGGGUAAGACGAAGACGAUUGUCGCUAUUGUCGGUGCUCUAUUGACAGACAGCCUCCGAAAUGGUGGAGGCACGGUCAUCAACAAGCCUCAGCCCACAGGCGCUGCAGCAAUCCGCAACAACUUACCGGCUCCGAAGAAACUGCUUGUUUGUGCACCGAGUAACGCUGCCGUGGACGAACUGGUUAUGCGUUUCAAAGAAGGCAUCAAGACAACGAACGGCCAACAUCGCAAGAUCUCAGUUGUCCGUUUGGGACGUAGCGAUGCCAUGAAUAUCAACGUCAAGGACGUCACCCUGGACGAGCUUGUCAACGCAAGGCUCAACAUCAACCCCGAGAAGGACAACAACAAUGCGUACGAACAAACGGGCAAGAUCAUGAAGGAGCACAAGGCGGUAUCGGAGAAGCUCAACGAGGCACGCGAGAAGCUGGACUCGGGCGAACUCAAGGGAGAGGCUCUGUCUAACCUCAAGGACGAGUUUGACGCUCUUCGCCGCCGCAAGUUUCAACUGGGCAACCAAAUCGACCAGCACAAGGAUGCCGAGGCUACGCAGAGUCGUACAGCUGACCUGAACAGGAAACGGGCACAACAGGCUAUCCUGGACGAGUCUCAUGUCAUUUGCGCGACGCUCAGCGGUUCGGGUCACGAGAUGUUCCAGAACUUGAACAUCGAGUUCGAGACUGUCGUCGUUGAUGAAGCCGCUCAGUGUGUUGAGAUGAGUGCUUUGAUUCCUCUGAAGUACGGCUGUGCGAAGGCUAUCUUGGUCGGUGAUCCCAAGCAACUGCCUCCCACGGUCUUCUCCAAGGAGGCCGCACGCUUCCAGUACGAGCAGAGUUUGUUCGUUCGUAUGCAGACCAAUCAUCCCAACGACGUUCACUUGCUUGACACACAAUACCGUAUGCAUCCGGAGAUCAGUUACUUCCCCUCACAGACUUUCUACGACGGCCGCCUCCUCGAUGGAGACGACAUGGCAAAGCUGCGGGUCAAGCCCUGGCACAGCAGCACGCUUCUGGCACCCUACCGUUUCUUCGACGUUCAAGGACAACAUCAGGCGGCGCCGAAGGGCCAUUCGCUCAUCAACAUUGCGGAAAUCGAAGUCGCAAUGGCGCUAUACAGUCGUUUGAUGAACGACUUCAGAGACUCUACAGAUCUCCGUGGCAAGAUCGGCAUCAUCACCCCUUACAAGUCGCAGUUGCGCGAGCUCAAGGACCGCUUUUCGCGGCAGUACGGCGAGAGCGUGUUCGAGUACGUCGAGUUCAACACGACGGACGCGUACCAGGGCCGUGAAAGCGAGAUCAUCAUCUUCUCAUGCGUGCGUGCCAGCCCGGCGGGCGGCAUCGGUUUCCUGCAGGACAUCAGGCGCAUGAACGUCGGUCUCACGCGCGCCAAGAGCUCGCUCUGGGUGCUGGGCAACUCGCAGUCGCUCGUGCGCGGCCAGUUCUGGAAGUGGCUGGUCGAGGACGCGCAGAAGCGCGAGCGCUACACGCAGGGCAACCUCAUGGCCAUGCUGAAGAAGCACAGCAGCAAUUACCCGGCGCCCAAGGGCGCGUACGACGGACCGGUUACGAAUGGAAUCCAGCCGAUCAAGCGCGAUGAGUUGCCGCCGCCGCAGGUGGUCAAGCAGGAGCAGUAUGAGGGACGGAAGGGCAGCAACGCGAGCUCCUCCGAGGGCAGCAGCGACUCGAAGGUCAAGACGGAGCAGAUGGCAGCUCUUGCGAUCAAGAAAGAGAGGAGUGCGGAUGACGAUUGGAGCGAGUUCUUCGGUGGUGGCGACGCCGCGGAGCAGCAGGACGGGGACGAGGAUGUGGUCAUGAAGGACGACAGAGCCACUCCGGACGGCGUCGGCGGCGGCAAGGCUCAGCAACACGCCGACUCAUCGAGGCGGAGCUCGGAGGCGUCGGCCGCUACCGACCGUCCGCCCUCUAGACCGGGAUCAGCGCACGGCAGGGGUGGUGCUGGUGGAGGAGGAGCGAGCGGGCCGGCGAGGCCGAAGAUGGUACCAUCGAAGGUGGCCAAGAGGAAGGCGGAUCCGUUCAUGCCAAGGCAGCCGCCGAAGAAGCCUAGGCCUUGA